AUGGCUCGGUCAUGUGCUACGCAUGCCGAAACAGCAUCUACCGAAACGAGUGUUGUACGGCACCCCUUGGUUGCACACCCUGCUUGUGUGGACUGGGAACAUUUAAGUUCACUGACUAUGGCUACUACUGACCGUAAUGACGCCAACCUACUGGUCUCACCUUUCCUCAAUUUCGACCCGUCUCUUCUUGUAUCGAAUUCAGGUGAGCAGUUCAUAUUUCCAGAGGGUGAAAAACAUCGUGGGCGUUUUGAACGAUCCUUCUCAGAGAUUGGCGCCAUGGUCAUUGGAGGUGAGUUCCUACUUCCAGUUCCAAUGGCUCUUCGUCCAGGAGCCACUUUAGGCGGAAUUCGAGGACUUUAUGCUGGAUUGAGUGAUGCAGAAAUAAAAAAGUUACCAACGGUAGCCAUCAAACGCACACAGCUACUCAAUCAUGUUACAAAAUCGGGUGGGACGCUUGCCCAAACAGCCGGCAGCAUCGGGUUGAUAUACGCCUUAUCUGACUUCCUGAUUCACAAACUCCGUGGUGGAGCCGAUGAUGAAAUCAAUACGGUGACUGCUGCCACAUUUACCGGAUGUGUAUAUAAGUCUCCAGGUGUUUUCAAACCCGGUGGUUGGCAACGGUGUCUGCGCGGUGGUGCUGUAGGACUGGUGGUGGGAUCGGUCGCGGUUGCAUUUACCAGUUGGUCACACAUAAAGUACAUGCUUGGCAGUUAAAGCGCCUCUUGCCUUUGCAUAGUCCACGCCGCAUGUGAAAACAACAAUAUGCCUUUCGUAGCCUUCGUGUUCAACCAUGUACAGAGAACACCUCAACUAUUUCAGUACAUUCUGUUCCUAGACCAUGUUUGGACUUUCCCGUCAGACUGGUGUGUGAAUGUCGGACAUCCAGGUCUCAUAUGUCCCUCUUCAUUCCGAACCUUCGACUACUCCCCGCAAAACGACUGCGUCACUCUCACGAUCCUGUGCCGUUCUAGUUGUUGGAUCGUUUCCACUUCGUCUAGUUCCAUACUUAGCGCAUUAUUUCCCCUCAAUAACAGUGUAUUGUGAGCCAGAUAGGUCACGGACGGUCUUUUCAUAUCUCUGGGGAACUGCUCUCUCAUACAAUAUUCGCUGCAGUCCGAACCUAAAUACCAUUCCUCACCUGUAUAGGUGCUACUCU